UGCUUUAAUUUUGAUGGAGACAAAUUAUAUGCAAGAGUUGAAAAGCUUCGCCAUUUUUCAUUCCUUCGUCAUCAGUACGACAUUUCAAAAAGAUUUGAAAUUUUGCAUCAAAUGGAAAGUUUAAGAACUUUCAUGGCAUUACCAAUUCAUACAUCGCCUUGGGCAGCAAGCUCUUAUUUAAGUAACAAUGUUUUACAGGAGUUGUUGCCAAGGUUAGUGCGUUUAAGAGUUCUGAGUCUGAGCGGUUAUUGCAUUGAAGAGCUACCGCAUCAAAUUGGUGGUUUGAUUCAUCUACGAUACUUUAAUUUAUCUUACACCAGAAUUAAUCAUUGCCUGAUUCCGUGGGUUCUCUUUUCAGCAUGCAGACAUUGAUACUGCAUGGGUGCAAGAACCUUGUUAAACUUCCUCAGGCUAUUGAGAACCUGAUUAAUCUUCAUGUUCUUGAUCUUACUGAUACUGAGAAUUUGACAGAGAUGCCUAUGCAUUUAGGUAAUCUGAAAAAUCUACAGAUUUUGUCCAAAUUCUUUGUGCAGAAGGACAGGAGGCCUAACUUCAUAGAUUUGAAGAGCUUGCUACAUUUGCGAAAGGAGAUUUCAAUUCGUGGACUGGAAAAUGUUGUUGGUACUCGGGAUGCUGGGGAGUACAUUCUGAAGGAUAAGCAGGGGAUUGACAGCUUAGAUAUGCAAUGGAGUCCAGAAUUCCUUGAUGUUGAUGCACUGCCUGUUUUCAGCAUGCUACAACCUCAUGAAAAUCUUAAAAAAAUUAGAGUUGUGUUUUAUGGUGGUACACAAUUUCCAUGCUGGUUUGGUGGUUCUUCACUGGCUAAUAUUGUGGAUAUAAACCUCUCUAAUUGUAGAAAUGUUAUGUCCCUUCCAGCACUCGGCGGACUACCAUCACUGAAGAAGUUGUCAAUAGAAGGCAUGGAUGGAGUCAAAGAAUUGGGUUUUAAGCCUUUCCCAGUUUUGGAAGUUCUACAGUUUCAAAAUAUGUUGAAAUGGGAAUAUUGGUAUCAUCCUUACGAAGAUGGAGAAUUCCCAAGUCUGCAUGAGCUUGUGAUUCAUAAUUGUCCAAACUUGAAUCAGAAAUUACCCGGAUACCUGCCUUCUCUAGUGAAGCUUAUAGUCAAAGGCUGCCCAAACCUGGUCGAUUCAGUUUUGAACCUCCCAUCUCUUCAUGAACUAAAUAUUGAAGAUUGCAAAAAUAUGGUUCCAGUGAGCCUGGUUGGCGUUACUUCUCUAGUUACAGUGAGAAUCAGGGGUCUGCCAUACCUUAAAUGCCUUCCAGAUGGGUUUCAACAGUUUCCAGGAGCACCGAAGCAUCUUCUCAUUUCCAAUUGCAGUGGAUUGACAUCAUUGAGGCAGAAGGUUACUGAAUGUGAGAAGGUUGCUUCCAUUGAAUAUGUAAAAGUUAACGGAAGUUCUCCCCCUUUAUCACUAGCUGAAAAUGGAAAAAAUCUAGUGCCUAAAAGUCAGCAUUUUCUCAAGUCUCUUGAGCGAUUACAUAUCGAAUCAUGCCCAAAGCUCGUAUCCUUUUCAGAGACAGGUUUCUCAUCCACACUUAGGCAUCUGCGGCUCAGAGAUUGUCCUGUGCUUACAAACCUACCCAUUUGGAUAAUGAGUCAAUUUACCAGCUGUCUUCUUGAAGAUUUGGAAAUUGAAGAAUGUCCUCCUCUCACACGCUUUCCAAGUGGGCGUUUACCUCCUACCUUAAAAAGGUUAAAACUCCAAGAUUGCGCAAGUCUAUGUUCUCUACCUGAGGGAUUGAUGCAGGCUGAUAACAACAAAUAUACUUCUUAUCUUGAGCAUUUGGAGAUCAUUGGUUGUCCAUCACUCAAAAACUUCCCAGAAGGUAAAUUACCAACUAGCCUUAAAGUGCUUAGGAUUUGGGAUUGCUGGCAACUGAAACCCCUUUUAGAUAGGAUGUUGCCAGAUAAUGCGUCGCUUGAAUACGUUGAUAUUUUGAAGUAUUCAAAUCUAGAAAGCUUGCCAGAGUCUCUACAGAAUCUCAUGUGUCUGGUAGAAUUAAAUAUAAACAGUUGCAAAGAUCUGGAAUGCUUCCCAGAUAUAGGUUUGCCACUUCCCAACCUGCGAACAUUAAAUAUCUGCAAUUGUGACAAGCUCAAGUCUUUACCUGAUCAGAUGCUAUAUCUCACUUCCCUUCAAUAUUUAACAAUUUGUGAUUGUCCACGACUUUCUUUUCCUAGAGGGGGUUUGCCUCCUAAUCUAUUAUCACUUGAGAUUUGGUAUUGUAAAGAACUCAAGGAUCCAGUCUCAAAAUGGAACCUACACACAUUAACCUCUCUUCGAGAGUUCAGCAUUGCUGGUGGACCAGAUAUGGUUUCCUUUCCACAUGAGUGCCUGCUUCCCCCUACUCUAGUUUCAAUAUAUAUGGCAAGUCUCAAUAAUCUCAAAUCCCUAACUGUGAGCCUUCAAAAUCUACUCUCUCUUGAAGAGCUAGAGGUUGUCGAGUGUCCUAAGCUUCGAAACUUGCCAAGGGAAGGGUUGCCUGCAACACUUGGAAGACUUUGUAUUAGGAACUGUUCACUUCUGGAAAACCGAUGUUCAAGAGAUAAAGGAGAAUAUUGGCCGUUGAUAGCCCACAUCCCUUGUAUUGAGAUAGUAGCUACAGAUAUUUAGUGUGGGCUUUGGCAGAUCAGUUUGAGUUUUCUACGGGAGAAGUGAGAACUGCAUAGGGAUGCCUUCCCCUCCUUUUCCUUCGAGAGAAAUGGAUAAGAAUCUUGUUACACCAACAAAGGUUCCAAUCAUUGGUGCAGUUAGCUGAGCUGAGAAAAGUCAACUAGGCUCUCUGUUCCUUGAUUAUAUAGGGGUUUGAUUGAUGGCAGUACACUUGUUGAUGAGCGCAAAGAUAUGUCUUCGCUUAUCUCUUUCCUCUUUAUAAGUUUUCGAGUAUGUCAGUCUUGUUAAACUUGAUUGGACACUGGUAUUAUUAAAUUUAUGCGGCUGUAUGUCCUUCGUAGCAGCCUUUUCUUGCUGCUGUUGCUGAAUUAUUGAACUACCAGUUGUUUUGUGGACCUUCCAAGAACUUAGGGAUGAGCAAGUCUUAGCCACUAGUUUGAAAUAUCUUAGAAGAUACGUUUUCUUUGAGAACAUUUGUGUAUAAGAGUUUGUGUAUUUUGCAUGUCUCAAUCUCAUAAGAAAUUAGCCUUUUAUA